AGUGAGACAUGCUUUCCCCCGGCAGAGAGAGUCAGCACAUUCAGCUGGCCGCCGAGGAGGAGGGGAGGGAGCCCGCGCGGGGGACGGCCGGCCCAGGGAGCGCCCGGCGCCGCAGCGCGCUCGUGCGGGUCACAGGAAAAAACUUAUGCCCAGCUGCUGUGACAUAGUGAUGACUUCUUUGUCUUUGCCUGAUGGAGACGAUGAAGCUGAACUUUGCAUUUGGACAUUUGCAGACCUGGAGGUGAAAGACCCUUUUCCAUACAAGAGUGACUUCAAAGCUGAGUUAGAUGCCAGGGCUCGAAAGAAGUACGCAUCUGCAAAGAAGAAGGCAUUUGCCCUCUUUGUCAAAGCCAAGGAAGUGGUCGGUGACAUUUGCUGUCCAAUGGCUGCCUGUCAAGCAUCUGUUUCCUGGAGAUGCUGCCAACAGACUUUCAGCGACCUGAGUGGCAUCCACAGGCACGUCUCUGCCCAGCAUUCAGGGGACGUGGGGCAGCAAACAGUGGCACUCUUAAAGCAGCUGGCGGGCAACAACGUUUCCACGGAUGAGGUGCCUCAGCCAAACAGGCCUCUGCAUCAAACCCAGAUGUUUUACAAGCUCCCAGAUACGAGCCACCUUGGUGCAGAUGAAAUCAAAAGCAGUGAGCUUGGGCAAGUUCUGCUUUACUAUUGCUACUGCGAGGUGGCAGAUCCCGGGGGACUCUGUGAGUGGCAGAAGGCUUUAUGUCAACACCUGCACCUGACUGGCAAGGUACGAAUUGCUUCUGAAGGCAUUAAUGGAACUGUUGGAGGGAGCAGGGUAGCCACUGGCCUUUAUAUAGAUGCAAUGCUGUCUCAUCCCCUCUUUAAAGGCACUUUGAUGAAGGAGGAUUUCAAGACCAGUGCAGGAGGGGCUCACUGUUUCCCAGACCUUCGAAUUGGCGUCUUUGAAGAAAUAGUACCCAUGGGAAUUAACCCAGAGAAAGUCUCUUACAAAGAAACUGGAAUCCAUUUGACUCCAAGGGAGUUUCAUAUAGAAGUGGAGAAAUACCUGUCUCGAGGUAGCCAAGCACAGGUUGACACCAUUUUGCUGGACUGCCGGAACUUCUAUGAAAGCAAAAUUGGACAUUUCCAAGGCAGUUUGGCUCCAGAUAUCAGGAAAUUCAGCUACUUCCCUGCGUACGUAGAUGAGAACUUGGAACUUUUCAGGGGCAAGCGGGUGCUGAUGUACUGCACAGGAGGAAUCCGAUGUGAACGGGGUUCUGCCUACCUGAAGUCCAAGGGCAUAUGCAAAGGAGUGUACCAUCUCAAGGGUGGCAUCCACAAGUACCUAGAAGAAUUCCCAGAUGGGUUCUACCGAGGGAAGCUCUUUGUCUUUGAUGAACGUUACGCCAUCUCCUCCAACAGCGAUGUGAUUGCAGCCUGCCGCUACUGUGGGACGCUCUGGGACCAGUACCGCCUGUGCUCCACCCAGCCCUGCCGCCAGCUGGUUCUGACGUGCCCACGGUGCCAGAUGCGGGGGCUCACAGCCUGCUGCCCCCUGUGCCAGCAGAAAGGCCGUGCCCUGGCGUCAAACCUUUCCGGACCAGCCUUCAAGGAGGAGUGUGAGUGCACGGGCGUACGGCAGCGGGUGCUGGUGGAACGUGUUUAACAAGAGGCCUGGACCACACAUUCCUCCUCGCAGCUGUGGGGCACCCGGGUGGGAGCCGGGGGCCAGUCUGGGAUCCCCACGAAUGGGAUUUGGGCCACCGGCUCCACUCAGCAGACCCCCAGCUCCGGCUGCAGCCAAGGCCCUGUUGCAGCGCUCGCACACUCUCCGAAGGAAAUGCUUGGUGCGUGCAAGGCAAACAACAAAGGACACGAAUGGUGCUACGCAGCCGUUUCCUUCUGUGAGGUCCUUGCCCUGUCUGUGCAGGCUCAAAGAGGCAGCUGUGCUUCUCAGAGGGGGCUUCUCAGAGUCCCACAACCGCACAGCAGCAACUUGUCGACAGGGCAAUCCCAGGGAGGAGAACACACAAAACCUGCAGGUGGGCCGCCACCUCAGAAAGCCAUGGCGGACUCGGGCUUCUGUGUAACACAGUGAAGUACAUGCUUUACACAGCCUGCAAUCUACCUGCAGUUUUUCUGUCUUUCCUCUGCAUAUGCAAAUUCUAGGAAGCAAACAGGAUGGACUCCAGGGGACACCCUUCCCCAGCAAGAGGGGUGCAGUGCCCUCUUGGCCCCACAUGAGAAAGAGCCCUGCCCAUUCUGCAGUGUGAGGGUGGCAUUGCUCACUUGCCUCCAGCUUUCCAUCUGAGAGCCAGGAAAGCAGCUGGGAGGGCAGCUGAAGCUGGAGUCAGUAAACAAGCCCUGGAUAACUCUUGUGGAUUGCUGCGCACUGGCAUGGCCUGUGCUGGAAAAGGUAUCAUCCUUUUGGGUGGUCCUUGGUGUGAGCCGAGUGUAAGGACCCCCAGCAAUAGUCUGUGACUUGUGGAGACUGGAUGGGCUGCGCCCAGAGUCUACCCAUUGUAGGCAAGUGGUACAGUCCUACCCUUGAUGUUGGGAGCAUCCCCUCCUCUUCUGGACAAGUCCCACAGUAAUAAUAGUAAUGAUAAUGAUAACAAUAAUAAUCAGAACAGUAAUCAUAAUAAUACACAGACUGCCUUGCAGGGCAAUUGUAAAGGUAGUAUUCAGGUUUUCAAGGACUUCAUGUAGCAAAAUAUCAUAUUCAGAGGCUGAUGAGCGCAAUUUUGCAAGAGCACCAGGAAAAGGCUUAGAAAUACUUUAGAUCUGUGAACUGCAUUUUACAUUUUAGAAUGGUUUUAACACUCCUGCAGUGGGAAUAUGGCGUAACCCCUGAUCUCAGUCCUGCUGCUGGAGAGGCUCCCUGCACCCUGCUGUUAACGGUGCCACUCACCCUCUGCCCCUUUGCCCUGGCAGGGCCCAGGGAGGCAGCAUCUCUCAGGGGGCCCCUGUUGAGGGCCCUAAGUGGAAGCACACACCUAUGCAUAGCAAGAGAAUCUCCCGCUGGCGGGGAGAAUCUUACCUGGCAGAGAAGGAAAAUGUUGCCCUAUGGAUGGCAACAGACGUAAGGCUGGAUAUAGAGCAUAGGGGUUUUUUUCUGAAAGAGCAGAGGUGGCUUGAAAGAAGGAUCCCUCCUUGUGGAGUGCAGUUUUUUAAUCGCUGGUAAACAGAGGAGACGGGGACAAAAGACCCCUACAGGCAGUCCCUCUCUCGACACCUUCCAGCUCUUAGGAUGGAAGCAAGCCCUAGUUGCAGAAAAGGGGUGCAAGCAGCUUGCGUUGGUCAACAGAGUCCCCACCCUGCCCAGCACUUGCUCUUAGCUGGUUCAAACCUGUGAGGCCGGCGGUGUGUAGAACUGAGUUUCCCAGCACUCAGUCUGUAAGGCAGCAACAAUUCUGCUUCCAGGCUUUCACGGCAGGGUUGCCCCUUCCACUGAGGCCAAGAGUGGCGCCUUCCCUACAUGGAUUGUUGCCCUCAUGGCCCUCUCUCCUAUGGUCAAGUAUCAGGCAGCUUAGUCUUUGAGAAAAACCACAUCCAUAGGCAACUCUAAAAACAAACUAAAGAGCACAACAUAGAUCCUGUUGUGCAGACACUGAAUAGGAUCAGUCUGGAUCGCCCCAUCCCUUGGAGAGAACCAUUGCUGUUAAACUGGCCUGAUGCUGGGAGGGGCUAACGCAAAGGUCUAGGAGACCCUCCAGCAACUCCUGGAGAGAGGUGGCUCCUGGCAGUGGAGUUAGCACCUCAAACAUGCACACACAGCUCAGAGCUGAACAGAAGAGAAAUCUGUCCUCAGGGCGGGUGCUUCCAGACAAGGCUUAUAUUUAUGGCACCGCUGCUUCCCUCUCUUCUGCACGAAAUGGUACUGUCCAGAUUACUGGGUCUCAUCCAGUCCUCAUUAGUCUGUGUUUUCCCACUUCUGCUUCCAGGCUUUUCCUCACCACAGAAAACUCAACAGGAAAGAAAAGGCAGGGCCACUGUCCAGUGCCUUCUAGCGGUUAGUGCUAGUCCGGAAGCACCCACUGAGGCUUGUUCUUGGAGGCCCUGCUGAGCUUGGUGUAAAAUCACAACUCUUGGGCAGGGAAGGGUGACUGCCAACCAAAGGUUGUGGAUUCCUGAAUAUAUUCAAGGUGUAUUACUUUCAAAGCACCUUCAUUGCUCUCAAAACAGUGAAACACCCUGAGCUCUGACAGGUCCAUACGGUGGCAAUGAGCCUCUCCUCUCUAUUUUUGUUUGAUGACUAAAGAUUGUGCAAAUGGGAGGCAGCACUUGGGAAUAAACUCUGGCAGCCUGAACUAACAGAGAUGCCCCUUGCUAGCAACGCGUAGAUCUCACCACCCCAAUCCCAUGCGCGUGCCUGGAAAGCAAGACAACAGUGCAAAAGCAUGCUUGCUCUUCUAAGCAACCCAGAUGUCAUUCAGUCAUUAAGGCUCAGUGCUAGGCUGAAGGGCCUGCCAAGCACUUACAAUUCUUGCAGUACCUGGGAAAUCUCAGAAGCUAGAGGGGUCAUUGAGUAGGAUUCGUGGUGGCUGUGGGUCAGGCUUCACUACUCUGCAAGACUGAAAGAAGCAGAAUUUCUCCACAGAGAAGCAGAAUUAGGCCCAGUGGUAAGGACUGAGGAAUAAGCUAUGCAGAGAAGGGAAAGUAUCCUUAUUUUUGCACAAUUUAUAUAAGUUGUCAAAGUUCAGUUCUGCUAUUCUGGGUCUAGAAUUGUUAUUUGUGGGCAGAACCAAGUAUGUACAAGCCUGGAAUAGAUGUGAGGCUAUUCAGAAAUAGAACAAAACUGCCUUAUUCUUUUGUGGAGAUGAUGCAUUGCCUGGAUGCACCUCUGGGAGCUGCUUGAAGAAUGAGCAGAAUCGGAGUAAAUACAGCAAACUUGUAUUCUAUGUGCACAGCCUGUGUAGGCAGUUGUAACUGACAAACAACUGCAACCGCCACAAUCCUCUAGACUCCUGGAUCAGCAGUUGGGAGCAGAACCUGAGAAGACGCUGAAGGCUACUUCAGUGACAGAGCAGUUGCAGCAAGCUUUCCUUUGGGCUAUAGGGUUUAAUGGGUUAGGAUGGCAUAAUGGGGGGGCUAGCCAUGCUUAGAUUCUGCCAGUAAGAAAGGGCCAGCAUCCAUUCUUAGCUAAGGUUCAUAUACAUGCUUCUUUAUUAAGGCAUAAUUUAGGAGCAGCACAAUAAUAGAAACAUAGAAACAGAGCGAGUCAGAACGGGACUCCUGGGCCAUUGAAUCUGACCUCCGGCACCAGCCGGCUCCGGUCACGGCAUACCCACCAUGUGCACAUCCAGCCUAUCCUUG